AUGUUCCUCAACACAGUGCUUGUGGUCCUGACGGACCUGGCAGCCCGUCUCCUGGGUAACACCGUGUUCCGGAAACACUUCCACCUGCUGCUCUCUGCCGUGGUGAUGUUUGGUCCUGCACUGAGCUUCUGGGUCUCCAGCCACAGUGUAUUUGCCAGGAGGAGCCACUUCCUGUACAGGCUGUUCCUGCGCUCCGGCUAUGGCUGGACCUGCAUCUUUGUCGGUUCCUUCGUCUUCCUCCUCUCCUUCUCCAUCCGUCGUUCACUUGCUCUCUCUGUCCGUCACCUCUCCAGGCUUGGAUUGGCUGGGGGCCUGUGGCUCGGCUUCUGCAAACUCCUGGAUUAUCUGGAUAACACAACAGGAAGCUGCUAUGAACCUAUGCUCAGUGGCCCGGAGGCCACCAUCGGCCAGCCUCUGCUGGUGCUGCGAGAAGGGGAAAGUAAGUCUGAAUGCCUGAAAGAUGGGAUGCUGUGGAGAGGAUAUGAGGUUUCAGAGGACAUCUUCCUCCUUUGUCUGUGCUGCCUGGUGUUGGCAGAGGAGACGGCCGUGUUUGGUCCAUACCUAAGCUUGGGAGGGAUCUCCGAUGCUCCUCUGAGGAUCCUCUUUCUCUUCUGCGUUCUCCUGCUGGGACUCUGGAUCUUUCUGCUUCUCUGUCUCUUAUCUUACUUCCCAAAGUUCCCUGCCCAGCUGCUGGGGGGCGCUCUAGGUUGCCUGAGCUGGAGGGGACUGUAUCAGGGUUGGUACCGUGUGGGGCUCAGCUGGUGCUGUCCAGGACGCCCUGGACUGGGGCUGCUCAACAUCAAGACUGAGACUUCAGAUGCGGAAGGCAAACCACUGAACCACAAUUGCUGCAAUUAACUGAAAAAAACAAAAGACUUCUCAAAGUUCAAGCUAGUUGUGGUUGAAGUUGUAAUUUCCUAGUACCUAGUUCAAAUAGAAUCUCCUCAAGCCCCAGAACUCAGAAGAAGAAGA